AAGUGUCAAAUAUUCUAAUUCUAACCUCACUUAAAACAGAAAUACAGAAUUAUUAAUUUUUUUUUCUUCAGAUAUGAGUAAUAAUACAACUGAAAGAGCUCUCAAUCUUCUUAGAUUUUUACCUAGAGUAUGCAUUGCGAAUAUUAGAGAUAAUCCUGGAGCUCGCAAGUGUACGAGAAGGGGUAGGGCUCAACACGGUGGAGAUUACCACGGGCAUGGUAACAAAGGAUCGAAGGCGAGGCAAAACUAUACACGACUUGGUUAUGAGACAGGAAAUAAUCCAUUUUAUCUGCGUUUUCCAUGGGAACCAUAUUACAGAGGACACCAUUUAAAACGCCAGUAUCCACCUUUAUCAAUGUUGGAUCUCCAAAAACUAAUAGACACCAACCGUAUAGACAGCUCAAAACCUAUCGACCUAGUAGCAAUCUUAAAUACCGGCUUGUUUAAAAUCUACCCAGAUCAACAUCAUUUUGGAGUACAAUUGACAGAUGAAGGUGCAGAUAUAUUCGAUGCCAAAAUCAACCUCGAAGUCCAGUGGUGUACGGAACAUAUUAUAGCAGCAAUCGAGAGAAAAGGUGGUGUUAUCACUUCCGCUUACUACGAUCCUCACAGUCUGCAGGCUAUGGUUAACAGCAAGAAGUUUUUUGAAAGAGGUAUUCCAAUACCCCGCAGAAUGAUGCCUCCCCCAGACGCUAUAGAACACUACUCAGAUCCUGCACAGAGGGGAUAUUUGGCAGAUCCCGAGAAGAUAUCCCAAGAGCGUCUAGUCCUAGCCCAGAAAUAUGGUUACACGUUACCAAAAAUAGAAAAAGAUCCUGCAUACGAGAUGUUAAUGGAAAGGAAAGAUCCUAGGCAGAUAUUCUAUGGUCUACAUCCCGGAUGGGUGGUCAAUUUGACGGAUAAGACUAUACUUAAACCUGCGGAAGAAGAGCUGAAGGAAUAUUAUGCUUCGUAGGAUAGUGGAUAAUGGUACAGAGGCAGCAUAACGUCUUGGCUGAAUAGAAUUCUAUAUAAAAUAUAUUUUACCAAAACCAUGUUAAAAAUCUAUACUGUAACAUAUAAUUGUUCUGACUUAUUACAGUGUCUAAUAUUCGUAGUUUCUAAAUAAAUUGUUAAACGAAA